GGACCGCAAUCGUGACAAGUUGAUCAUUUAGUUGAUCCCUGAUUUCUUUUAAUUAUUCUGACGUUUCAUCAGUCUACGUCGAUCUUCAGCGGUAAUUAGUACUAUUUCUGCGCAGCUGAAAGAUUCGGCGAAUCUAUAAGCCAUGGCAUUGUUGAGAAUCGGCAAUAUGGAAAUGUUGAAUACUUUGACUCGUGUCUCGCGCACAGCAUUCUUGGAGAUGCAGUGUGCGACUUCGGCGGCAGUUCAUCGGAAGCAGCAGCACUUGUUGCACUUGAUUAGCGCACGUUAUUAUCCAGAUCCACCAACUCUCACUUUGCCGAAUAACGUUUGUGAUAUCUUUGCUAACGAGACUGGUCGCUUCACACCGGAACGCGCGCGUGACAUUGCGCUAUAUACCGAGAACGGUGGAAUCUCUGUCUCCACAACAAACUGCUCUGGAUUUCCCAAGAUCCGCGAUGACAACCAUGUGGAUUCAUACGAUUGUUUCGGCGCAGUCAGUCUGAAUGGCACAAUGCAGAGCAACGUGCCGAAGCCAUUCUCUUCAUGUGGCAAAUCCAUGCACCUUAACAUGCCUGGUGGACAGUGGUCCCGCGACGACAAAUACAUCGCCGAGGACAUGCAACGCUCUCAUUACCGCAAGUUGUCGUGUACUGCAAUUAAUGCCUUCAUAACGAGCCCGCUUUUACGAGCGACAUAUUGGCCAAUUUAUAUCACCAGAAUAAGCUACUCGACCAACACUUCCAAAGAUUCCCAGAAGGAUCAGGCUACGAUGCCGGUCGCAAUGAUGUCAAAGCGGGAAAAAUUUCGCCUAUUGUUGAGGGAUUAUGGAAGCACUCUGCUCGUCUUUCAUAUCACUAUAUCGCUGAUAAGCCUCGGUGGUUGUUAUAUGGUGGUCAUUAGUGGAAUCGAUGUAACACCAUUUGUACAACAGUGGACAGGAGGAAAUGAACAGGUAGAAAGUCUGCUGAAAGUUUCGACAGACUUCAUAAUAGCGUAUACAGUUCAUAAAUUGCUCGCACCUGUUCGAAUAGGAAUAUCCUUGUCCGUAACUCCAGUGCUUGUCAAAUAUCUGAGGAAAAUAGGCUUGCUUAAAAUAUCGAAAAAAAAAUCAGUACCCACAUCAACAUCUUCUAUCAAAUCACCACCAACAUCUUAAGAUAAUUGUUUUUUUUAUUAAAAAGUUUUCGUUAUUAAGUGUCAUAUUUUGAUGAGAGAUGAAUAAUAAAACACUUUUAAAUAUUAGCAUUGUGAAAAGAAAUUAUUAAGAAUAGUCGCAAAAA